CACUGAACAGAGCUACCGCACUGUGGCAUGGCCCACAGCGGAGAUCACCAUUCAUCGUAUAGUCACAGGUCCAUGUCUUGGUGAGCAGUGAGACCCUGACAAAUAGGGACACUCACUACAGCACAAGCAUACCUCAGACCUCUCUCGGUCCCGGGUUUGGCUGGUCCUCUUUUUUGGUUGUGGUGUACAGCUGGCCCUGAUGUCGAGGAGAGAGGCAGCAGCACUUUUCUCUAUGUGAUUCUGUUUCCAGCUCUACAGCCUUGGAUCUGCAGUUCGACAGUCUGAUCGGACUCCUACUCCUCUACACCUCAGGGAUCCUCAGGUUUCUCCUCCACUUUAUUAGAGUCUGUUGCGAUAUUUGCUUUACCCGUAGAUCGAUGGACAGCUGCUCCUUCUAGAAUCCUUGUUGUAUCUUUAUCAGGAUUAAGGACCUCGUAUUGGAGACAGGCUGGUGAAUGGUUGUCAACAAAAAAGCAGAGAGGUCAAAAUGGAACCAAUUAGGAAAGACAUGGAGCUGCUAAGUAACAGCAUGGCUACCUAUGCUCACAUCAAAGCUAACCCAGAGAGCUUUGCUCUGUACUUCAUGAUGGGUGUGUGUUUUGGCCUGCUCCUGGCCCUGUGCCUCCUGGUCACCGGCAUCACCUGUAGGACCCGCCGUACCAAUAAGCCUCCCCCGUCCCCAGAGAGGAGACAACUGAAGGAGUCCAGUGAAGAAGAGGAGGAUGAGGAGAGUGUGGAUGUGGAGGAAGGGGAGGAGGCAGAGAUCCCUAAAGUGACGGUUGCGCCCAUGAGCGACCGCAACAGCCAAUUGAACGGUACUUUGAGGAGCGUGAAUGUGUUUGCCUCGGCGGAGGAGCUGGAGAGGGCGAGACGACUGGAGGACAGGGAACGCAUCGUCAGGGAGAUCUGGAGGAACGGACAGCCAGAUAUACUGACCACUGGAACAGGGACCAUCGGACGGAUACACUACCAAUAAUGGACUAAAGUGACUUAAGGACCUAACACACAUGGUCUGAACCCUGAACUAAUUAGGGUUGAUCUACUCCAGACAGACAUUGUAGCUGACUGUAUUAGGCUGGCACAGAUCCACCUUCAUCUUUUCAUUCAAUGAUUCUUUUUUUAUACAAACUAAUUUCAUUAUCAUUCAUGUACUGGCCUAUGACAAAAGAACAAACUAAUUUCAUUUACAUUCAUGUACUGGCCUAUGACAAAAGAACAAACUAAUUUCAUUAUCAUUCAUGUACUGGCCUAUGACAAAAGAACAAACUAAUUUCAUUAUCAUUCAUGUACUGGCCUAUGACAAAAGAACAAACUAAUUUCAUUAUCAUUCAUGUACUGGCCUAUGACAAAAGAACAAACUAAUUUCAUUAUCAUUCAUGUACUGGCCUAUGACAAAAGAACAAACUAAUUUCAUUAUCAUUCAUGUACUGGCCUAUGACAAAAGAACAAACUAAUUUCAUUAUCAUUCAUGUACUGGCCUAUGACAAAAGAACAAACUAAUUUCAUUAUCAUUCAUGUACUGGCCUAUGACAAAAGAACAAACUAAUUUCAUUAUCAUUCAUGUACUGGCCUAUGACAAAAGAACAAACUAAUUUCAUUAUCAUUCAUGUACUGGCCUAUGACAAAAGAACAAACUAAUUUCAUUAUCAUUCAUGUACUGGCCUAUGACAAAAGAACAAACUAAUUUCAUUAUCAUUCAUGUACUGGCCUAUGACAAAAG